AGGAAACAACCAACAAGGGAAGAACUUCAUAGGAGUACUUACACUCACCUACAUUCGUUUGCUUCUUCUUCUACACACCUCUCAUCUCUCAAUGUUCCUCAAGUGAGCCCCCUGUCCUCGCCUCCUGCUCGUCUUCUACCAUGGCAGACCUUUCCCUUCCUUCUGCUGUUAGUCUCCUCCAGGAGCGAAUCGAGCGGAGGAAAGCAGAGGGUCAGAGGUUCCCCAAGCCUGCCAACUCGGAGGAGGCCUUUCGCUCAGCUCGGUUCGCUCCUAAUGAGCAGGUGCGAAGGAGCGUGAAGGCAUCGACGAUCAGCCGGAAGCCUGAGCAUGCUGGGGCCACAGAGACGGCGAGGAGAGAGCGAGAGAGAGACAAGUCGCCGGCGAAGAAGCCCAACAACGAGAGCUUCUCCUCCCUUCCUGAGGAGAACAGCUUGAGGGAGGAGACGUGGAAGGGCAGGCCGGCUAAGGACGCCAACAACCCCUUCCGUAUCGGCAUCCCCCAGCGCGUUGAGCCACCGAAAGAUCUAAAUGUUCCUGUCCGCAACGAUGACGGCACGAUGGUGGCUGAGAAUGAAGGAGGAGGAGGAGGAGGAGGAGCGUCUGUCGCUCACGGGGACCCAUCAGUAAACAGACGUCAGGCUUCGCAGACGAAGAUCAAAGAUCAAGAGAUGCUUGCGUUUGCUUGCCGACGUGCAAACAAGCCGAGGAACGAGGCGAUGGCGUACUACAACAUGGGGGUGCUGCUGGACAAUGACAAGGAGUUAGAGAAGGCGAACGCGUGCUAUGAGCAAUACCUGCAGGCGAGCAGGGCGGUAGGCGACGUCAAGGGCGAGCAGCUGGCGUUGAACUCGAUGGCCAUCAAUUUCUUCAAGCUCGGGCGGUAUGAGGAAGCGAUCGAGCUGAGCAACCAACAUCUCCAGAUCGCCGACGUGGCCGGCAAGUUCGUCGCUCACUGCAACCUCGGGCUCGCCUACGCCGCCAUGGACGAGCUCGAGCAGUCCUCACUCAACCACCGACAGGCGCUCAGGUACGCGAUCGUGAUGUCGAGCGUGGUGGGGGAGAGUCUGGCGUGUGGGAACCUGGGGAACGUGGCGGAGAGGAAGGGAGACAUGCGAACAAGCAAGGCCUGCCUGGAGCGACACCUCAAGCUCUCCGUCGCUCUCAAGGACCUCAAGGCGCAGCUGGACGCGAACCUGCUGCUGGGGAAGAUGGCGAACGAGGAGGGUCAGUACGAGGAGGCGUCAAGCUACUUCGAGAACGCGAAGAAGAUCGCGCAAGAGCUCGGAGACUCGCGGGCUGCGCUGGUUUGCAAUUGUAAGAUCGGGAUGGCACGAGGAAACGCAAAGUUUGAGGAUAUGGUCUCGUCGCUUGCCGAGGGUCUGGAACAGGAGGGGAGCUAGGCAUAGACGAGGUCGUAGUGUCCUGGGCGGUAGAGCAUGUGAACGACUGGCUCCUUAUCGGGAGGGAAGUCUGCGAACAAGAUGCGAAUCAAGGGGAGGAGAAGAGCGGGGAGGAGAUCGGAGGGUCACCAUGAAAGUUAAGAGGUCCAUCAGAUCG